AUGUCCUCCCGCAGCCCCCGGCCCCCGCCCCGCCGCUGCCGCCGCCGCCUGCCGCGCCCCUCCUGCUGCUGCUGCUGCUGCCGCCGCUCGCACCUCAACGAGGACACGGGCCGCUUCGUGCUGCUGGCGGCGCUCAUCGGCCUCUACCUGGUGGCGGGCGCCACCGUCUUCUCGGCGCUCGAGAGCCCGGGCGAGGCGGAGGCGCGGGCGCGCUGGGGCGCCACGCUGCGCAACUUCAGCGCGGCGCACGGCGUGGCGGAGCCCGAGCUGCGCGCCUUCCUCCGGCACUACGAGGCCGCGCUGGCCGCCGGCGUCCGGGCCGACGCGCUGCGCCCGCGCUGGGACUUCCCCGGCGCCUUCUACUUCGUGGGCACCGUGGUGUCGACCAUAGGUUUCGGCAUGACCACCCCCGCCACGGUGGGCGGCAAGGCCUUCCUCAUCGCCUACGGGCUGUUCGGCUGCGCCGGGACCAUCCUGUUCUUCAACCUCUUCCUGGAGCGCAUCAUCUCGCUGCUGGCCUUCAUCAUGCGCGCCUGCCGCGAGCGCCAGCUGCGCCGCAGCGGCCUGCUGCCCGCCAGCCUCCGGCGCGGCUCGGGCUCGGCGCUGGCGGAGGCCGACGGCCUGGCGGGCUGGAAGCCCUCGGUGUACCACGUGCUGCUCAUCCUCGGCCUGUUCGCCGUGCUGCUGUCGUGCUGCGCCUCGGCCAUGUACACCAGCGUGGAGGGCUGGGACUACGUGGACUCCCUCUACUUCUGCUUCGUCACCUUCAGCACCAUCGGCUUCGGGGACCUGGUGAGCAGCCAGCACGCCGCCUACCGGAACCAGGGGCUCUACCGCCUGGGCAACUUCCUCUUCAUCCUGCUCGGCGUGUGCUGCAUCUACUCGCUCUUCAACGUCAUCUCCAUCCUCAUCAAGCAGGUGCUCAACUGGAUGCUGCGCAAGCUGAGCUGCCGCUGCUGCGCGCGCUGCUGCCCGGCGCCCGGCGCGCCCCUGGCCCGGCGCAACGCCAUCACCCCGGGCUCCCGGCUGCGCCGCCGCCUGGCCGCGCUCGGCGCCGACCCCGCGGCCCGCGACAGCGACGCCGAGGGCCGCCGCCUGUCGGGCGAGCUCAUCUCCAUGCGCGACCUCACGGCCUCCAACAAGGUGUCGCUGGCGCUGCUGCAGAAGCAGCUGUCCGAGACGGCCAACGGCUACCCGCGCGGCGUGUGCGUCCACACGCGCCAGAACGGCUUCUCGGGCGGCGUGGGCGCGCUGGGCAUCAUGAACAACCGGCUGGCCGAGACCAGCGCCUCCAGGUAGACCGCCGGGCCGCGCCCCGGACCCCGGGCGGGCUGGCGGGCCCCCGCCGCCGCCCGCUUUCCUCCUCGCAGACGCUGGCGCUUUCUUAAUCUUUACCCAAUAAAAUCAAACCAAAAAAAAAAAAAUUUUUUUUUAAAAAAAGAAAUACUAUUUGGCCAGGCCUGAUGUUAUCCAGGGCAGGUUUCGGGGGAGCCUGUCGUCCUCGUGGGUCCCCUCUUGAAGAACCGUGUGCUCCCCCCGCCCCCGCCCCCGCCCCCAGCAGAUUCCCCUCCAGGGAGCGAGGGAGCGGCGCCCUGGACCCUCACCCGGUGCGCCCACGGCCGCGAGGAGGGGGCGCCCCUGGGUCUUGCGGAUGGCACCAAACCCCGUCCCCAUGCACACAAGCAGCCGGCAACCCCAAAGCAUAUGGUGCAACUUCUCAUGGCUCUGAAUUACCUCCGCAGCAUUUAGAAUCCUGGCCCAGCCUAGCAGCUUCCUUCUGGUCGUCAGAAGUGAUGUAGUCACAGUUUUGACAGGUGGGGGUGGGGAGAGCCAUAUGUUGCCUACCGAUGUGUAUAAAUAGGACAGCCGCUACACACGGAGAACGGUGUAGUAUUAUGCAAUGAGACGCAACCUAGCACCGACUCGCGGACUGUGGCGUUUCCCCGAGGUUUGGAAAUUGGGAUGGUAAGGGGCGCAGCUGGCCUUUCUCAGCCUGGAGUUCGUGCAUUCGGCUCGGCACACAGGGCAGCUACUUUAAUGCCGGAAACCCAGGGUGGCCGGCAGGGAGGGGAGCAGUCAGGCUGCAGGAGCCCUGUUUUGCUUCAGCCCAGCUGAUCUCUGAGGCUGGGGGCUCAUCUCAGAAUCCCCCCCCUCAACCCUCCUUUCUUUCACCAGCGUUGUCCUUGGGAAUGCUUUUCAUUACUAAUCAGGAAUGUCUGAGUCCUCUCAGGCGCUAUCUUGCUUCGUUGCUGUGGAUUUUGUGUCUUGACUCCCGUUGAGCAGCAUCUUUUUCCCCUCUCAGAGAGCCUAAGGGUGCAGACAGAGUGCAGCCUCCAGAACCCCCUUCUGAGUCAGGGCUCUGCAGCACCAGGGACCCAAAGCAGGCAUCCUGCAAAUGUCAGAGAAUUUGGCUCCAGAGCCCAUAAUGUUUUGAGGACAGAUCCCAUUCUAAACCCUGUUUGGCCCCCACUGACAAUCAAGUGAAUUUGUUUUCUCCACGCACAGUCUGUAUCGGAGGUGGAGGAAGGCGGGAGGGAGGGAGCUGAUGGAACCGGUGGAUGGAAGCCGUUUUAGAAUCAGUUCUGUGCUGGAUGAUCCUCAAGCUGAGGGACUGGUUCUCCACCCAUUGCUGCAUGGGGGUCACUAACCAGAUGCUGCCUUCAUUGAAAGGAUAGGGUUCCUGUCUUGGACUGUAAAGAACCGAUACUCUUUCGGCCCAUUUUCCUCAUCUAAGAAGAUGAUCCCAAGGACAGAGACGCCAGAACCUAGUCAGACACGGUGUGACCCAUCAAUAUCUACAGCUUCUGACAGGAAGUCUUAGAAGAGCACCAGGACGCCUCACACUGUAUGCCUGAGAGGCAUGAAAAGCCGUGAAAUCUCCCUCCCUGGCAGUGAAGGAAGCAUAUGUGCCUGGAACACACAUGUGCACACACACACACAUGCACACACACAUAACACACACGUGCACACAGCAUCAGGAGUCAUGCUUGAAUGUCAAUCUCCCCUAUGCCCCCUCCAGUUGGUGACAAGAAGGGGAAAAUAUGUUGGGAUCUGAACGACUCUCUUAGCUACUUUGGGUAAUUUCUAAUUGGGAUUGGGAUCUAAACACAGGUCCUAAUCUUCGGGUGAGGUCACUGAGGCAGGGCGGCCAGGAGAGAGGUCAGCCUUGCUGAAUCCCGAAGGGCAGGCUUCCAGAGAACCACACCUCAGGAUUCACUGUGACUGUCACUCAGGCCAGCUAGCGACACCCCUGCCCUGCCCGAGCCAUGGCUGCAGUCACACUGCAGUAACAGCACACUCAGAGAGGCACACAUGCUCUAGGCCAAGGCCCUCUCAUAGGACCUAGAAGUAGUGUCAUGCCAAACCCUCUAAAAGAAGGGAAGAUGAAAAGGCAUCCAAUUAGAGGUGUCACCCAGGCAACGAGCAAUAACUUGGGGGUGAGAGAUCCCCAUGACAGAGGCAUGUAGACCAUGAGGACUUGAUAAAAGGCAAAACAAGCAGCCAACCCAGAGGAAGUGAGCUCCCAGCACAGGAAGCUUAAGACCUAGUUAAAUAGGUUCUUUGAGCUGGACAGGCCAAAGAGGUGUCCAAGUGAUCCCACUGACCAACACACAGGACCGCACAGACAGGAGGGAGCAGGACCUGCCUACAGAGAAGAAAAACUCACAACCUUCCUUGGCAGUCUUCUCUGUCAGCAGUGCUUCCUAGAGUCUAUCCUAAAUUGCUCAUGCUGCAGCCUUAGCUGUUUUCACUUCUAUGCUUUGCCUUUGGAAGGAGACAAUUGUGAGCAGCUUGAGCAAGCUUCUGAAGGAGCCAUAAGCCUGGCUUAUGAGGACAGGGAGGGGACCCUUCCCUCUCAUCAACCUUCCAGAGAAACACCAGCCCUCCAACAUACAAUGUUGUAUGCUCAGGAUCCAGAGGAGUGCUUGUAUUUUUGCCCUUGUCCUCCUAACCCUCCCCACCCCCCAAAUUCAGUACAUCACUGUCCUUCACCUCAGGCAAAAAAAGGCUCAGUGCCCCAAAUGCCAGGGGCUGUUUCUCAGGGGGGAAAAGCUGGGCUUCCAAAGUUAGGGGGAUAGCUGGAACCUAGACCCCUGCCUAAAGGCUUAUUUGGCAUCCUGCUGAGCAUUGAAAACUAGAACUGGGGUCCGUAGUCAUUUCGGGAAUAAUGAUGUUGAUAAAGGACCCCUUUCUUUGGUGCAGGUUCUACUGAACCUCAGGCUAAGAAAAGGUUCCAUUCUCCUAGAUGCUGUGCCUCCCCCACCAUGUGGGGAUCUCCAGUCUGACCCACAGCUGGUAGCUCCCUAUUAUCUGCAACUACCCCCAGCUCCUGGGGUUACUGUCUCACCUUAGGCCCAUAUUCACCCCUCUCCGGCUGGGUCUGUGGGGCUCUAAGCAGCCCUUGCCACUCGCUGUGGCCACACAGAGGUCUUAGUGAGCAGCUGAGACUUCUCCAAGAUGAGCAGACAGGUAAAGAAGCCAUCCUUAUGUCCUUGCUUGCUAAUGAGGCCAGGUGGUCAGGCUCCUCUGUCCUCUGAUUGAAAGCCAGAGCCCCCCAAGGCCUGGAGGAAGAGUCAGAAGGCUCAGACUGCAUCAGGCCCUCAGCCAGAAAGUCCUGGGCAUUUGCCCAGGAGCAUCACACAUCAUAGCAUCAUAUGUACUUUCACCGGCACGCGUGAGCGCAUACACACACACACACACACACACACACACACUAGCCUUACAAAGAGCUACUAGCCCCCUUUCCCCAAGGAAAAAUCCCAGUCUGGGUCACUUUGAGAAGAAAGCUUUCCCAUUUUUAACUCCCUGGAGAUUUACUAAGGCCUGGAAAAUUCUUCUCCGCCUUGGGGGAGUUUCACGUACACUUUGCAUGAAUUUGAAUUUGUGUUUUACAUAGAAGCCAGCGUCCAAACCCAAGCCAAACCGUGGAAGAUAGCUGCUAAAUUUACGCAGGCUCCUCCAUCCCUCAGACAGGCCUCCUAGCAGACGCCCUCCCGUGUGCUUGGUGGUGAGGGUGGCUGCGCCCUCCCAGCCACAGGAGAGGCUUCUGGGGAAUCGAGGCAGAUGGGAGCCCACAGGGGUGGCGACCACGGGAGCUGUGGGCCAGGCGGUUCCGUCUUACUGUAACUUUUUACAUUCUUAACAAACGAAAAGCACAAUUCCACAUGCACACUGUCUGGAAAGCACAGCCAGGCAGACUGCUUAGGGCCCUUCUGAGUCCAGAAGAGGCGCCGGGGCUUCUCGAUGUCGCUGGGCUGUUGUACGGCGAGCUCAUCGCGGCGGCGCUGGAAGCUGCACACUGCGGGCUGGGGUAGGGGAAGGGCUGCUGAAACCAUCCCCGAGCCAGGACAGACUCGGGGGGCCUGGACCCGUGCCCCCCCCAAUCCCCGCCCCGCACCCAGCAGCUCUGGCACCUUCAGGCACCUCAUUAAGCGCUGAGAAGCGAUGAGAUUUCUGUACUAACCUGGCCCGAGACCCCCCCUCCUCUUUCCUUCAGCCUCUUCCUCCUCUCCCCCCUCCCAAGGGAAGCUCCCCUUCGCUUCACAAAUCAUUUUCUAUGCUACUGUGUUCUCUCAGGAGGGGGGUUAGAGCAUGCGGGGCAAGCCUGCAGGGUUUCUUAAACAAUACAUUUAUUUUUCUGAGCAGAACUCCAAGAGAGGAGUCGAAGGGUGUUUAAAUUAACGAUGAAUAAAAUGCAGCCUGCCACCCCUU